AUGGCUCAACGUCCGCCAAAAAACAAGGCCCACAAGCCGUUUGUAUUUGGGUCGUCGAGCAACUCUAAGCCCAGUCGUGCUGCAUCGAAACGACAAGGGUCGUCGUCGUCGCCAUCACGUUCGUCGUCGUCACCAUCGUCACCGUCGUCGGAUCAGUACUUGAAAUCGGCAUCAUCGUCCGGAUCCAAAAUGGAGCAAGGCUCUAGCUCCGUGAAGUCGGAUUCAUCGGACGCUGGGGAGUCUCCUUUAAAGCAACAGGCGUUUUCCUUGAAUCACCAGAGGGCGAUUUUUGAGCACAGGCUCAUAACUAAGAACUCGGCCCCACAGAAGAACUAUUCGCACGUUCCCUGCCGCUUUUUUCGGCAAGGAACGUGCCAAGCUGGCAACUCUUGUCCUUUUUCGCACUCUCUCAACUCCCUCACAGCAGAUGCUACCCCUUGCAAGUACUUUGAGCGCGGUCACUGUAGAUUCGGAUCGAAAUGUGCCAACGCCCACAUACUUCCCGAUGGAACCCGUGUGAACCCUCCUCGACAGUAUCCUAACGCGGGCCAUGGAAAUUAUCAGGGCCAUCAAUACCACAAUCCGAACAGGGAAACUGCCACUGUUCCGAUCGCGACCGGCGAGAAUGCCUUUCAGCAAUCUGCCCGCCCCAAUGUUUUUCCUGCUGGCGCUGGUCCUUCUCCGCGCUCUGUUCCAAAUUUUGCCUCUACCAGUCCAACAAUCUCGAAAUCCUCCACGGGCCCUUCCGUAUUUGUUGGGACGGGACCCUUCUACCCCGCAUUCACUACUCCGCAACAACAAAAUACAAGUGAAUUCGCAAUCGAUGACGAGGACGACGAUUUCCAAGAGAUUGAUGGCGAGGAUUUUAUUCCCGGUGAACUAUCAGAUCUUCUGACCCCCAAGGAGCUGGAGCGACGCAACUCCAGAUCUUCUUUGACCAGAAAACUAAGCUUUACGGACCACUCUUCCAAUUUGCCCUCCGCGACUACCACACUUUUGGGGUCAAGUGUGGAGCAAUUUACGGGAUACGAGGCCGUUCCGUCGUCUGCUAAUUCCUUCACAGGGCUUUCGUUCGCUACAGAGUACUCCCCGACAGGAAGCUCUCUGGCUUUUGGUCCGGCACAGCCCACCUUUAACUACACGUAUCAGCAAGACCACCACCAGGCUCGGUCCAUGUGGGGCGUUCCUGAGCAACUUGAAAGCUCAUUCACCAACGUCAAUCAGCUGAGUACUGACCUGACCCGCGUCAAGAUAUAUGAAGAGGACGAGGAAAUCCCCGUCAAGGCUAUAACGGGGGAGUCAAGGCUACAAGAUGGACAGGAAAGUUCCAGUCAGUAUUAUUUGAAUGGCUUGUAUCAAGACGUGUGA